CCCGCUGUUGGUUGGUUUCCGAGAAAAUAAGUUUAUUUACUUUCGUGUGUCUGGUUUCCAGGGACAGAUAAGCUUGCUAUUUUUCUUACCCAUGUGUCUUAUAGUGAAAAUGUGUUCUCUUUAAAGGCAUAAUCUGUUUGUAUAGUUUUUUAAAGUGAAAACAGACACUUUACUUAUGAGUGCACGCCAGUUAGCUGGCUCGAGUGGACUGUCGGAUCAGGCCGUAUUGUCAAAACUGCUGAAGAGAAAGGUAAGAUCCACUUCAAGUAUUUCAUCGAAAGACGGGACAAAUGAGAAAAAGAGAGCGAGUUCAAACAAUUCUGUGAUAAAAACAACAUCAAAAAAUCCUAACCAAAAGCAAACAUAUGUUAAUUCACAUAACCUCCCUAACUCCACGAAUACUGAAAUGAAUACUUUAAUUAUUGAAAAUAAUAACUCUACGACCCAUAUCAUUGAAUCUAUACUAGAACAUGAUGCUAACAACACUGGAGUACCAGAAAAUGUUGUUCAGAGUUCAAAUGCAACAAAUACACCAACAACAAUAAAUAGUAUCCCUAACGUUCCGGUCAGUAAUAGGUUUGAACCUCUUUCUACGGAAAUGGAAGACGAACCUGACGAAACAACGGUUGCUCAUCAACCACCUCCAAUUAAAAUAAAAGGCAUAACAAACUUCCAAACUCUCUGCACGAAUUUAAGGCAGAACACGACCGACUUACUUACACCGUCCCUAUCUCGCAAAAACUACACAACACGACUUACGCACAGGCAACGUGUACUAAAACUACAUAUUACAACACAACACCACAAUUCACAACUGCUCAAACAACGAGUGUAA